CACAGCACAGCUACAUUUUUGGGCAUGGGCAAAGAAAUGCACUAAACUUCACUAAAAUGGCCUAAAUGGCCUAAAUGCCAGAGAGAACAUGGCACAGGAAAAAGAAAGUGACACGGAAGAGGACUAAAACAGAAAUGGAGAUGUCUGGAAAAGGGACUAGUGUCAGGGGAAGCUGUUUGGAGGAUCUACAGGACAUUAUCGCUGUGUUUGGGACUGAUGCUUAAGAAAAUCCACUGCAAAUUUGAUUCUUGUGCUGGAUUACACUGUGAACCAUCAGUGCCGUCUCCUGCCAAAAGUCCAGGGUGGAAGGCAGAUAUAGAUGCCUAAAAUAUAUAUUUUCACUGACUUCCUCAAAUCCUUUUGGAGUAGUGAGCUGUUUGUGAUUUGACUGUAACAUUUCUGGAAUGCUGAUCUCAUUGUUUUGGGAACCAAUGUAAAUUUAGUUUUGGUCUUAAUCUUUUGUAUGAAGUGCAUUUUAGUUUUCAGUAGUUUUAUUUUUUAUUUUUAGUAAUAUUUUAAUCUUUGAAUCAAUACUUAAAUCUUUCAGUCUUGUUUCAGUCAAUGAAAGCUGCCCUAAUCUAAUUUGUCACAUUGAUCUGUCAAGUUUUGGCUAAUGCACUGCACUGUUGCUCAACUGUAUCUUUUGGUUUUUGCUAUCAAAAGAGGAAUUUAGUUUAAUUCUAUUUUAUGUAAUGUUUUGUCAUUGUUGUCGACAAAAUUCUCACUCGUGAAAACGAGGAGAGGGAUGUGGAAUUUUAAUGGAGCAUUUGGUCAGUUGUGAUUUAGGUUUUUUGAAAACAUUGUCUUCAUUAGAGUGAUUGUAAGCAUCACCACAGGAUUCUCUUCUGCUUUCGGACCUUUGACUGCAGAAACUGCGGCUUGCACAAUGAAACUGGCCUGGUGCAAGAGCAUUGUUGAUAAUUUACCCUUGCAAUGCUGACAACUGCUUGACCAGUGACAUGCUCUCUGUCUGACUACUGGGGCCCGGGGCAAACACAGUGGCUGCCAUGGAAACCAGAAGUAAAUACAACAACCUGACAGGGCUGACACAUGAUUGGCCUGUCCAAACGUCCUCAUUCUGCCAGCAAUUUGAGUCUGUUGAUGGGGUAGGAAACUAUGAUAUUGUAAAUAAUGUCGUCAUUCCAACCCCAGGAGCAGCAGAUACCAGAGGCCAGAAUUCUCUACGGCAGAGCUGGGAAAUGAACUACCAAGAAGCAGCAAUAUACCUGCAGGAGGGAGAGAAUAAUGACAAGUUUUUCACUCACCCGCGGAAUGCCCAAGUGCUUCGCGCGUACCUGUUUGCUCAUAAUCAUCUCUUCUAUGUGAUGGAGCUGCUGACUGCAGUGUUACUCAUGCUGCUAUCCCUCUCUGAAGCUCCUGCUGUCCCGUUCCUUCGCCUGGAUGUCUAUGUCCAUGCUACACUGGAGUUGUUGGCAUUGGUAUUGGUGGCCUUUGAGUUGUGUAUGAAGCUCCGAUGGCUUGGGUUUCACACCUUCAUACGACAUAAAAGGACCAUGGUGAAGACAUGUGUCCUGUUUAUUCAGUUCAUCGAGGCGAUUGUGGUCUUAGUUCGACAGACUUCCCACCUGCGUGUAACGAGAGCCCUGCGGCCGAUUUUUUUGGUGGACUGUCGUUAUUGUGGAGCAGUGCGAAGAAACUUAAGGCAGAUUUUUCAGUCCCUUCCUCCCUUCAUUGAUAUUCUCCUGCUCCUGCUUUUCUUCAUGGUUAUCUUUGCCAUUCUAGGAUUCUGUCUAUUCUCUGCCAACACAGCCGACAAUUAUUUUAGAACACUGGAGGACAGCAUUGUGAGUCUAUUCGUCCUUCUGACCACCGCAAAUUUUCCAGACGUGAUGAUGCCAGCAUAUUCAAAGAGUCGUUGGUCAUGCAUUUUCUUCAUUGUGUAUCUUUCCAUUGAGCUCUACUUCGUCAUGAACCUGCUCCUGGCAGUUGUUUUUGACACUUUUAAUGGAGUUGAGAAGAUGAAGUUCAAAUCUCUGCUUCUACACAAGCGAUCUGCCAUUGAGCAUGCUUUCCAGCUGCUGGUUAGUCGACAGAGACCAGAUGGAGUGUCCUUGAAACAGUUUGAUGGACUCAUGCGAUUCUAUCAUCCACGAAUGACAGCACGAGAUCGUUUCCUGACCUUCAAAGCCCUCAACCAAUCAGGAGCAACCACGCUGAGCCUUCAGGACUUUUAUAAGUUUUAUGAAGUCAUCGGGCUCAAAUGGAAGGCUAAACGGAGUGGAGAGCACUGGUUUGAUGAUUUUCCUCGUACUGCAUUCCUCAUUUUCAAAGGAAUCAAUUUACUCGUGAAAUCUAAAGCUUUCCAAUAUGCAAUGUAUCUGGUAGUAGCAAUUAAUGGCAUCUGGAUCCUAGUGGAGACAAAUACAUUUCACGAUGGGGUCUCUUGGAAUCGGGAUGUUCCUUUUAGUUACAUUAUUUUCCUCACAAUUUAUGGAAUAGAGGUCUUAUUGAAGAUUGCAGGCCUUGGUCUUAUGACAUAUUUCAGCUCAGGAUGGAACCUCUUUGAUUUCUCAGUAACGGUUUUUGCCUUUCUGGGAUUGAUUGCUCUGGCCUUUGACAUGGAGCCAUUCUAUUUCAUCGUGGUGUUGAGACCUUUUCAGCUUCUCCGGUUGUUUAAAAUUAAGCAGCGUUAUCGUAAUGUUCUGGACACAAUGUUUGAACUCUUUCCGCGAAUGGCCAGUCUAGGUCUGACGCUCAUUAUAUUCUAUUAUUCCUUUGCUAUUGUUGGAAUGGAGUUUUUCGCUGGUGUUGUUUAUCCAAACUGCUGCAACAACAGCACUGUUGCCGACUCGUAUCGUCAGAUUAAUGUAACCGUUGGCAACCAGACAAAGCUGGAGGAGGGAUAUUACUAUCUCAAUAACUUCAAUAAUAUCUUGAGCAGCUUUGUCACACUGUUUGAGCUAACAGUGGUAAACAACUGGUACAUCACUAUGGAGGGUGUGACAUCACAAACUACCCACUGGAGUCGUCUGUAUUUCAUGACCUUUUACAUCGUCACCAUGGUUGUCAUGACGAUCAUUGUGGCCUUCAUACUGGAUGCGUUUGUCUUCAGGAUGAACUACAGUCGAAAGAACAGAGAGCCUCUGGGCGACCCAGAAGAUGAAAAGGGGAUUGUAUUUGAGACAGGGGUCUCUCAGACCGAAGCUCUACACACUCUGGACUUGUAUAAACACACAUUUGGUGUCACCAAUCUGAGCUCACUGCAGGACAUGUGUGUUGCACUGGAGCGGAGUGGGCACUCAUCAUUAUUGUUUCUGGGUCGAAGGUCACGUACCAAGAGUGACCUCAGCAUGAAGAUGUAUGAGGAGGAGAUUCAGGAAUGGUAUGAGGAAUAUUCCAGAACAAACCUUCAGACUGAUGAGACAUUCCAUAGAGAUCUGGACAGUCCUGAAGCCAGUGCAACAGACUUAACUAACUAACUUGCACAUACUCUGAACACAGCAACAGCAUUAACUAACACCCUCACUUGUACCUCUGGGGGACCUUGGGACCAUCCUCCUCCUGUUAAAUGAAAGUGCAGGUGCUCGCCAUGACAACACUGGCGUUCACCAUGACAUCUCAGUUGACCUUCCUUCCACAUGGAGACCCAUAGAACUUCUUCACUUUAAGCCUUAUUCCCCCAAAUCCUUAAGGUUCUGUGGCCAUUCAGGGAAGCUUGAAGACAUGCACUACAUCCAGGAACCUUUUUCUUCCCAGAAAUGCACCUCAUGAUAUUUGCCUUGUGUUGGAUGACCCUGAAUGAUUCAGACUCUCUUAUGGAUUUAACAAAUGGAGAGCAGUGAUGGAAGGUUUCUGUGGCUGAUGAAUCAGAACUGAAUGUGAGGAUUUUAACUUAAGUGACUUGCGACUCAGAUAAAGAUAAUAAUGAUAACAAUAAACUAAUGGUGUUUAUAAACGAAAGCUGAUUUUUGCUGGAACCUUUGGACCUAACGAGAGGCUUAUUUCAUCAUAAUAUAUAAAAUAGAUAUACAUGCAAAUUAAACAUACUGUCGGCACUGAAGCCACACUUAAAAAUGUAUGAAUGUUUUUGCAGUAUACAAAAUAUCAAACCAAGUGGCAAUUAUUUUUAAAGAAAUAUAGUACAAACAAAGAAAAACAUUUCACAAAAAGAAGUUAGGUUUGUAAGGUUUCUAAUGAUAAAAAAAAUUAUAUAUUAAAGAAAUGUUUUUUAAAUUAAGAAGACAAGUAUUUGACCCAUUUCUUGUGGGAACAUGUCCAUUAUUGAUGUGAUGUAAAACACAUUAAAAAGUAAAGAAAAACUUUCCAGCAUCAUUUGUUUGCAUAUUCCACUUUGUUUGAGAUUUUAUAUCUAAUGCACUUAACGCUUUUAAGUGUGACUAAAGUGUCCAAGACGUUUUUGGGGCCAUUGUAUGUUAUUGGUUACAGAAGACACAGUUGAGAGUCAAGUAUUUAAAGUACUGUUUUGACACAAGCACUGAUAGGUCAAUAUGGGCUGGUUUUCCGGACAUACCUUAAUCUUGGACGUAUAUGCUAGGGAUGACUUGGAAACUUGUCCUGUACCUUUCAGUUUAUUCAAAUGUUUGUGUUAUCACCCAAAGAUGUUUUUUUUUAAAAGUCAGUAUUGUUUUACAACUAAAUUGUCAUGCUUAGAGUAAUUUUAGAUCCUUUAUUAUGUAACCCUCACCCUCAAGAGGUCUUCUGUUUGUGUGGGAUCCAGUUAAUAUAAAAUCUAGUCAAAACCACAGUUGUGUUCCACUCUUACCCUACCAUCCUAUAAAGUCUGUGAAUGAAAAUCUGUUCCCAAACCUAAAGUUUCCUAAACUGUAGUGGUUCAGGAUGAUUAUGACAAGGUUAACAAAUUAUUUGGUCUCUCUGAUGGUUUUACAAACAGUGUUUUAAAUAUUGUAUUUUAUUUAUUUACAUUAAGGUAAAUAAUUGUUUAGCUGAAUUGAAUGAGUGAUUUUUAUGCCUUUAACAAAGGGUGAGGGAAGAAAUAUGAAACCUCAUAAAUGAUUGUUUACUCUGUUGUCUAGAGAAUCUGGCAUAUAGUGUGUUAAUGAAGGUCAUUGCUACACAGCUUUCUUCCUAAUUGGGUGUUAAAUUGCACAGAGAUGUGCAGCCGAUCUGCUCUUGAAGGAAACAUGAAGCAAACAAUUUGUGACACAAGCCACACCAGCUCCUCCCAUACUGUAGGCUUUACCUGAGUCUCAGUUCUCUGUGCUUGUUUUUGUACAUGUACAAUAAUUCCACAUAUUGAGAAAAUAAUUUGCUUAAUAAAACUUCUUUGGAUUUUGUUCAUAAAUAGGACUGUUUCUGAUAUACUAGUUAGGCCACAGCUCCUCUCUGAAUAGGUUGCUAUGCAAACCCAACUGUCAUGUAAUCAACAGGAUUGUCUGCUCAGAGAGGGACUGGUUGUGUCUGAUGCCGAAGGCAACUGUCUUGCUGCCGAGUCGAUUGAUGAUUUCAAAGACAGUCUUUUAUUUGAAGGUACCUCUUUAGGAAAGUGUUUCACAAACCUGGUCCUGGAGUAUACAGAGCAAAGGAAAUAAAAGUACCCAGGGGUUAAAGGCACUUUUGAUUUUAAUGUCUCCACAAACACUACCAUAGCACUUUCCCACACACCUGUUUGUCACUUUAUGCACAGAAAAUGUCCUGAUCCACGAGGCCAUCUCAUUCAAUGUCUAAAGUAUAUACUAGUGUACGUCUACAUGUUGACAAAAGUUGUUUUCAGAACAUAUAAGCAUUUAAAAUCUGCAGUCUCUCUCUUCCAGCUAAAAAGAUUUGGGAACAUUCAUGAAGUCACACAGAGGUUGUGUGCCAAUCAAAUGCUUUAUAGAACAAGAAUGCACCCUCCCCCUACAACUGUUCAUCACAUCUGGCUGUGUUCUAACUGGUGCUGAUUAUGCCUUUACAGGGCACUUCAGAGGGUGCAUUACCCAUGCUGUAGGGUUAAACAGAAUUUCUAAUAAGAAUCAUUCAAAAAUGUUGUUCUGACUGACAGUUAUCACUUUUCAGCCAUCUGAAGCACUCACAGUGGAGGGUAAUUGUCUUCGAAGGGAAUAGGGCAUGGGGAUGAUCAUUUAUUAAUGGGUCACUCCAACGUUCGGGACACAAGAAAAGUUACUGGAGUAUAUUUAUAUUUUUUGUGCAGUCUGAGGUUUCUUUGGAUGCAUAGAUUGAGUAAGUGUUCUUUACUUUUUUAUGCUUAGUGUAUUGUGAGUAUAAACAUGGAUAUUUUAUCUUUUACUUGUUUCCAUUUCAUCUGCAUUGGACUUGCACAACGGCUCUAGUCCCAUUGUAAGCAAAGACCACAAUGUGCUGUGUGUGUGUUUGUGGGCUGGUUAUAGAUUAAUUUGUCAGUUAGAUCAUCGUUUUGUUCUCAAGUCUUUGGAAAAGCUGUCUGGUAUUGAGAUUGCUUCUCAAGUUUUUUUUUUUUUUUUAAAGCCGUGCUCUCACUUUAUGAUUUUGGGUUGGAUUUUGCUGUCGCAGAAAGAUUUCCGAGUUCAGUGACAAAACUCCCAGAUCAUAGCCAAAACAGUGCUCGCUAUGGUCGGCGAUGCUCGUUAAGUAUGAGCAGUUUAAGGAUGUGAUGUGAGCCAGUCUUGUGCUGUCACAGAUGCUGAAUUAUUUCAAGCAUGUUUGAUAUUAUUGCCACAUUAUCUUGUAGUGUGAGCAAUGCAGCGACAACGCCGAACUGCUCCAGCCAAUCAUAUCUUACAAUGCAUCUUUGUACAGGAAUGGAAAGGCACAAAUUUGUUUUAUUGUAAUUAACUAACAAGAAUUAAUUUUUAACAAAUAAAUGGU